AUGAUUUAUUUCCUUCUGUCUUGCUAUAAUUUUUUCUUUCUUUUUUCUUUCCUUCUUUCUUUCUUUCUUUCUUUCUUUCGUUCUUUCUUUCUUUGUUCUUCUUUCUUUUCGUUUUUUCUUUCUUCCUUUCCUUGUUCUUUUUUCUUUUUGUUUUUUCUUCCUUCUUUUCUUUGUUCUUUCUAUCUUUGUUGUUCUUUCCUGUUUUUUCUUUCUUCGUUUCUUUUUCCUUUCUUUCUUUCUUUCUUUCUUUCUUUCUUUCUUUCUUUCUUUCUUUGUCUUUCUUUCUUUCUUCCUUUCUUUGUCUUUCUUUCUUUCUUUGUUCUUUCUUUCUUUUUUUGUUGUUCUUUCUUUUUGUUUUUUCUUUCUUCCUUUCCUUGUUCUUUCUUUCUUUUUGUUUUUUCUUCCUUCCUUCCUUUCUUUGUUCUUUCUAUCUUUGUUGUUCUUUCCUGUUCUUUCUUUCUUUCUAUCUUUGUUGUUCUUUCCUGUUCUUUCUUUCUUUCUUUCUUUGUUGUUCUUUCCUGUUCUUUCUUUCUUUUUGUUUUUUUCCUUCCUUUCUUUGUUCUUUCUAUCUUUUUUCUUUCUUUCUUUGUUGUUCUUUGUUGUUUUUCUUUCUUUGUUCAUUCUUUCUUUCUUUCUUUCUUUGAUAGAUAG